AUGACCAAGACCAAGGCCGACGUUAAGAAGGCCGUUUUAGGGCAGUUGGAGGCGGUGAAGGAAGAUGAACGAGUCAACUACCUCAUUAACAAGCUGGUAAACGUUGAGUUUGAGUCGGAGAAGUCGAUUGAGACGGCUAAACAGUUGAAAGUUGAAGUCGAGAAGUUGUCUGGGGUAAGAUUUUGCUUUCUUUUGAAUUUUAGGGUUGGUUAAACUGAAGGUGUUUGGAUACCUAGCAGUUAUGUUACUCACAAUGUGUGAAAUUACCUAUACUUACUUUUUGACAUAGGGAUAGGCACAGCAAUUAAAGCUGACUUAUUUUAGGUUGAAAAGAAGCUCCAGUCGACAGAGAAGAUGCUUAGUCGUGCUGAACUUUCAAAGUCAAAGUUGGAAGAGCUGUGUCGAGAGUUGAAUCGCUCAAAGAAAGAAGAAGCCGAUCGAAAUGUGCAGAAGCUCAAAGAAAUAGAAAGGAAUCAUCAGGAGACGGUGGAGAACUUUAAGAAAUCAUUAGGAGAUAUCCAGCUAUCUGUUGAUGCUAGAAAAGAGCAGGCCAAGAGAAUGCAGGAUGUUGAGGAGAUCUCCAAGAGUUUGACAACAUUGUCUGAAGAAUAUGAGACACGAUUAAAGGAACUCAAGACUUUGGUAAGAGUUGGCUGCUUAAAAUGAGUAUGAAGAGCUAUGUUUUUAUUUGUUUAAUCUUUUUUUUAUUUUUCGGGUUAAUAGUUACAAUGUAGGCAUAGUUAGAUUAUAAUAAUUGUAGUACAACAGAUUUAAAGGUUAAUUUUGUUAUUUUAGUACGAAGACCGUGAAGACAAAGUGAAAGACAUGAUGAAAACGAAAGACGAAGAACUGAAUCACCUGAGGAAAGAGAUUGACAACAUGAGAGGCAAAGUUGAAGGUGUUUUUAAGGAAAACGUCAAUUUGAAACAAGAAGUAAGUUAAUAUUAUUAUAAUAUAUGUUUACAGCCUUUAAUCUAUUAUUUUUUGAGGUAUAAUACGAGAUGUUAUGACCAUCAAUUAAAAAUUUUUACUUUUUAUAAAUUUAUUAUAAGGAGAUUGUGCUUAUUGUCCUAUAUUUAGUAUUAAGAGGUAUAAAUUAACCAUUUUCAGCUCUUGGGCAAAGAACGAGCGUUCCAAGAAGCUGUAGCAUCAGAGAUCCAAACGAAAAAGGUUAUCGAAUCCUAUGGAGAUAAGUACAGUGAUCUUGUUAACACACUCGAAAAGUCUAAUAAAGCGUUUGAGAGAGCACGGACAGACAUGGGCAAGGUAAUUUUUAUGUUCUUCAUUUUGUAGAUAAUCAUAGAAUAACGAAUUUUAUUGUUUUGUUUGGGGGUGGACCAAAAUGUUUUUAUAUUACUUGUUCAAAUAAUUCUGUGCCUCGCUUACAGCAAGUUGUCAGGAUUAGGGGGCGCAGAAUUAUUCGAACAAUCAAAACAGUAUAAGAAUUUAAACUCUGAAUAAAAAAUGUUUUUACUGAGUGUUUUGCAGCGUAAAAUGAUGUGUUUUAGAUGAACAGUCAGCUCAUCAAACUUCAAGGCGAAUCACAACGUUAUCGUCAACAGUUGGAGCAGUCAAAUGAGUAAGUAUUUACAAAUGUAUUUGCAAAAAUUGUAGUAAUUCUAUGGUUUAUACUUGUAAAACGAAUUCUCAUCACUAAUAAAGUGAUUAAAAUCAAGAUUUAUCACAAGAAAAUUGUAAAACUUCAAUAUUUAGAACGAUAAGCAAGCUGAACGAGAUAAACGAAGACAUUAACAAGAAAUCGAGCUUGAAGGAUCGACAACUUGAACAACUCCAAAAGUUGUGUCGUCAACUACAAAAAGGAGCGGUCGGAUCGGAAAACGAAGAUUCUCAGAAUACACCGGCUUAA